CUCGCCCCCGCGCAGAAAUUGAGUGCUUACACAGGUAGAAUGCCCAAUAUCUAAAGCGCGGGGACUAUCCAACAUCAGCAGAACACUGCAUAUUCUGUACAAAAGCGCCUGCCCAAUGGAUGGUCAGUCCGUCUGAAGUUUAGUGGGCCUGCCGGGCUGUCCCACCAUCCAAACGGCGGGGCAUUUCGAACUUCAGAUCUGUCAGAGAGACCGCUGGGACACUGAUUGUAUUUAGUAGGAACACCUCUUUGGGCAGGUCCAAGAUCUCACUUUCCAUAUAAAUUGAACCAGGACCCAACCCUUGGGUUCAAGAACCCUGAUGAACAAGCCACCAUUUUGAUUCGUCAACCCCAAACACACCAAAAAACCCACCCAGCAGCUACCCCGCCAAAAACUAGCAACAUCUAACAGCCCAAACAGUGCUGACUGCCCAUAGCUCCUGUGUUCUACAAACCCAUCGGAACAACAGCAGCAGCAAGCAACCUUGCAGGAAGAGAGGGGUAUCUAGUUUAUCUCGGUAUCUUUUCGUUUCUUUGCCCGUCGCUUCCAGGCUGAACAUCAGCUGGAAACUUGGGGUAGGCACACCCUCUGUCGACCAUCAUUGGACUUCUCCCCUUGACGAGGUGGCUAGGCAGCAGACGCCUUAUACACCGGUAUGUAUGUCAGACUCGAGCGCAGUAGCUCAACGCCCCCCUCCUCACCCAGCCACCAAUAUCGUCUUGUCUUUUCUUUGACUGGUGCCGUCUUGUUGGACAUGUGUGAUAGCUAUCCAUAUCAGCAGCUGGUAGUGUUACCUUGCGCAUUCCUCUUGCCCUCUUGGUUUCUCAGCUGUCCCCUUGCUUCUUUCUAGGCUGGCCACACCACCAGUAUCAAGAUGCCAGCCUGGUAUCGGCUAUUUGGGUGGCUCUCCUAUGGACUAGGAGCUCUUCAUAUCACCGCGGGCCUAUCAGAAGCGACGAUUUGCUAUGACCAUGGGUAUGCUCCGGUAUAACACACUACCUACUUUACGAAGACGAUAUGCCCGUUGGCCUUUCUAUAUUGUGCCCUAGUCUUGAAGAUCACCGUGUCCUUGUUUCCUACAUUCAUUUGGACUUUUCACAUCCUCUUUUUACGGCUAGGGCUCUCGCUGACAUGAUGCUAGCUCCAUACCAACUUCCAUAACCAUCAUCAACACAGCCAAUAUGUCGACCGAGGCUCAAAAACCACGGUUCCGCAAGGUCCAAAGCUUUCAGUCCGACUAUGCCCCAACUGGCAUUACCCAGUACGUCUCUGAGCGAAGUGGCAUGCAGGUUAUUGUGGCCGACCGCAAGGGCCCCAAGGUCAACGGCUACUUCACACUAGCCACCGAGAUCUUUGACGACUCUGGUGCGCCUCACACAUUGGAACAUUUGGUCUUUAUGGGCUCCAAGAGCUACAAGUACAAGGGCCUGCUCGACAAGCUGGCCGGCAGAGCCUACUCCAACACCAAUGCCUGGACUGCCGUCGACCACACCGCUUACACCCUUGAAACUGCCGGGUGGGAUGGCUUUGCUCAGAUCCUCCCUGUCUACCUCGAGCAUGUCAUUCUCCCUAACAUCACGGAUGAUGCCUGUGUGACCGAGGUUCAUCACAUUGACGGCGAGGGCAACGAUGCCGGUGUCGUGUACUCUGAGAUGCAAGCUCUUCAGUACAGCAGCUCUGAGCUGAUGGAUCUUCAGGCUCGCCGGUUGCUGUAUCCUGAAAAUAUUGGUUUCAGAUACGAAACUGGCGGUAUGAUGGAGGCGCUUCGGGUCUUGACUCCCAACAGAAUUCGUGAAUUCCACAAGGCCAUGUACCAGCCCCAGAAUCUGGCUGUCAUCAUCACUGGUGAGGCUGACCACGAGGACCUGCUGAAGAUCUUGGACACGUUUGAGGAGAGCAUCAAAGAUGAUAUCCCACCACCAAACCCCAGCUUCAAGCGCCCAUUCGUUGACUCUCCCCAACCACCUCCUCUCGAAAAGACCAUUGUCCAGACGGUCGAGUUUCCCGAGGAAGACGAGUCCACCGGCGAAAUCCUUGUGGCUUUCUUCGGACCCAGCUGCAUCGACCAGAUCGAGGGCACAGCGGUUAACAUCUUGAUGACCUACCUCUGCGGCUCGUCGGUCUCCAUCAUCGAAAACACCAUCGUGGAGAGAGAGCAGCUGGCUAGUUCGGUUUCGUACUGGUGGGACUCGAGACCAAACUCCGUCAUCUGGUUCCAGCCAACUGGUGUUGCCACUGAGAAGCUUGCCUUUGUCGAGCAGCGCCUGGUUGACCUUCUCAAGGAAGUCGCCUCGAAGCCUCUCGAUAUGAACUAUAUCAACGAAUGCCUCCAGCGUGAGAAGCGCCAAGUGAAGCUCCAGGCGGAAUCCUCCGAGCAGUUCUAUGCUAGCAACAUUAUUACGGAUUAUUUGUUUGGCAAGCGGGACGGCUCUACCCUGAGAGACCUGGAGACCCUGAAGGAGUAUGAUGUGCUUGAGAAGUGGACUGAUGAGCAGUGGCGUGCCUUUUUGAAGAAGUGGAUCUCUGACGCCCAUCACGUCUCUAUUCUCGGAAAGCCAUCGCAUGAGCUUGCCAAGAAGCUCAAGGCUGGCGAAGAGGAGCGCAUCGCCAAGAGGAAGGAGGAGCUCGGAAAGGAGGGUCUCGAGGCUCUCAAGAACAAGCUCGAGACUGCCAAGCAGAACAACGAGAAGCCAAUUCCUCCUGAGGUGUUGGAUCAGUGGCCAGUUCCUGGCACCGAGUCAAUUCACUUUAUUGAGUCUUUGACUGCGAGAUCAGGAAAGGCUCGUGCCCUUGGUGCUUCGGACAACAAGGCGCAGAAGAUCAUCGAUGCAGCUCCUCAAGGAAAGCCCCUUUUUGUGCAGUUUGAGGAUGUUCCGUCCAACUUUGUGCACUUGACGCUUCAUGUCGGCCUCUCUGAGACAGAAGUCCAGUACAAGCCUCUUCUUUCCCUCUUCACCGACAACUUCUUCAACUCCCCCGUCAUCCGGGAUGGCAAGCGUCUCGAAUUCGAGCAAGUCGUCAAGCAGCUUGAAAAGGACACAAUCAGCUACCACAUCAGCUCGGCCAGCAGACUAAGCGAUUAUGAGGGUCUGGCUAUCCAGUUCCAGGUAGACCCGGAAAAGUACACCACCAUCAUCGACUGGCUGCGCACGCUCAUGUUCGACAUUGUCUUUGACCCUGUCCGCAUCAAGGCUGCCAUCGUGAAAGCCCUUGCCGACAUCCCCGAACUCAAGCGCGAUGGCCGGACCAUGGCUCAGGAAGUCGACAUGGCCAUCCACUUCCGUCCCGAGGCUUACCUGUCUGCGAAGCGCACCCUCGUCAAGGCGGUCUACCUCCGUCGCCUCAAGAAGCUUCUCGAGAAAGAGCCCGAGACCGUCCUCGGGUGGUUCGAGGAACUCCGCAAGUCUCUCUUUUCGUUCCAAAACCUCCGCGUGCUAGUCACCGCCGACGUGGCCAAACUCUCCAACCCAGUCGCAGCCUGGGACGCACUCGCCUCCCACCCCGACCUCAACCCAACCAAGGACGUCCUCCCCAUCGUCAAACUCUCGGCAAUGCUCAACGAAGAAGGGCAAUCCCCUGGUUCGGUAGGAUCAGUCAUCAUCCCCAUGACAACCCUCGACAGCUCUUACUCCGUCUCCACCGCCACCGGCCUCUCUUCCUACUCCUCCCCCCUCCUCCCGGCCUUCCUCGUCGCCCAAGCCUACCUCGAAGCGGUCGAGGGCCCGCUCUGGAACGCCGUCCGAGGCAACGGUCUUGCCUACGGGGUUUCAUUUUCGAGGGAGAUAGACGGUGGAUACCUCCAGUUCAAGGUUUACCGCUCCCCCGACGCCUCCAAGGCCAUUGAAGCCUCCCGCACGACGGUUGCGAAAUUGGCCUCGGGCGAGGAGCCGCUGGAUAGGCACUUGAUCGAGGGUGCGGUCAGCUCGAUUGUGUUUGGCGUGGCGGACGAGCAGUCUACCAUGACGGCGGCGGCGCAGCAGAAUUACAUGAUUUCUGUCGUUCGCGGGUUGGAGCAAGGGUGGAACAAGAAGAUUCUGGCUAGGGUGAGGGAGGUGACGGAGGAGGAGAUUAGGGAGGUGAUGAGGGAGGUGAUCUUGCCGGUUUUUGAGCCGGGGAGGAGCAAUGUUGUUGUUACUUGUGCGCCGAUCAUGGAGGAGAAUAUUGUCAAGACGCUGGGUGAGAGGGGUUACAAGACCCAGGUUCAGACGCUUGCUCACUUUUAUGAUGACUAUGGUCUCAAGGCUGAUGAGGAGGAUGGUGAGGACGAGGAAGAGGAGGAUGAAGAUGAGGAUAUGAGCGAUGGGUCGUAUGAGUCUGGUUCGGAGGAGGAGGAUGAUCUCUAGAGGGAGUGUUCUUACUAGACCGCACAAGAAACAAGCUCAGGUAGAAAAAGAGGGGGGAGGGGGGUUAUGAAUACAUCAAUACUUCUUUUCUUUCUUGUUGACAAUGCUAGUUUUUUUCUGUCUCUGCACAAAAGU